CAUGCGUGUGCCGGCAUAGGCUCAGCUGUCUGCGUGUAGUUUUACUCAUUUCAAACUUUACACCGAGGUGGAUACAUGUGAUUAUUUCUGCAAAAUAUCUGCAAAAAUGUCCGACGUUGAAACUGAUGACGUGCCCUCCGCAGUUGGCGGCCCUAUGGAUGUGAACACUGCACUCCAAGAAGUCCUUAAAACAGCCCUCAUCCAUGAUGGAGUUGUACGAGGCCUUCAUGAGACCACUAAAGUAUUAGACAAGCGACAGGCUGUUCUUUGCAUUCUUGCUGAGAACUGCGAUGAAGCUGACUACAAAAAGGUGAUCUCAGCUUUGUGCAAUGAACAUCAAAUACCUCUUAUUAAAGUCGACAAUAACAAAAAGCUUGGCGAAUGGGCUGGCUUAUGUAAAGUUGAUAAAGACGGCAAAGCCAGGAAGGUUGUUGGAUGCUCUUGUGUAGUCAUCAAGGACUUUGGUGAAGACACUCCAGCUAAGGAUGUUCUUAUGGACUAUCUCAAACAAAGUGCUGUACAUUAAGUUCACUUUAAUAAAAAACAAAUAAAAACCAAA